ACAAAACUCGUGGGCAUCAGGUUGACACCAAAGCUCGGAUGCGAACUGGGAAUGGGUGUUUCAACAGAAUAGGAGGAGUUGGAAAUUUCGCUUAUGACAGAUAUUUUUUUUCACUCAGACUCUUCAAACCUGUCCAAGGAAAUAGAAUUUCCUGUUUAAGUUGCUCGUUUUUGUUUUAAUUCUUCAUUGAAUACUACGAACUGUCGUAGCUGUAUAAAUAUAACCCCGGUGUCUCCAGAAGCUACACAUGCUGGCAGAGUUAAUCUAGAGACGUCUAGAAGACUUCGUACCUGCAUGAGAUCUAAUGACAACAAUCGCAAUUACGAACUUGGAUUUGGAGACCAAUGCAUCGAAACUACUUCACUUAUUUGUGUAGUGCUUGAAUCAUAAAUUAACAUUAGGAAUAACUUGAAUUUCGACAAUGCAAAGAUAUUGCAAAAAAAUAUAUGUAUAGCUGCUAUACUCACGUUGAACCACUUAUGUACUUUCGGAAAACUCUCCAGUGCAUGUAUUCGUAUGGUUAGCUAAGUAUGAUGGUAAUUGGUACGGAAAUAUCGACCGCAAGAUUUGCCUUCUAUCAAGAUAAUGACUCGAUGUAAUUACAAUGAAUAACAAAUGAAAUGCCUUUGAAUUGUAGAAUUUGUUUUGUUGCGUAAUGACUGGGUGCCUGGGCGUGAACUUACCACGCUAAAUAUAUGCUUAGCAAGCUGGAAUUAACCAUUUAGAUGCCAAUUUGAAAGAUUGUCCAGAGAAGUACGCACCUAAACCAACCAUGGUUUUUAGUAGUUCAAGUGGCUUGGGAGUAGCGGGAAACGGGAGUGCCAUCUCCGAAUCUGUGGACAGUUACCCCUCUGAUUACAACUACAGCCUUUCUUCGGACCACACUUUCGAUUACUCAUCAAACUAUUUCUCUUCGUACACCUACGAGUAUCCAUUCUCUUCAACGUGGCUUGCCAUUGUUCCAAUGAUUGUUUCCAUCAUGAGUGUCGUGACGUUCCUUGGAAACCUCUUUGUCAUCCUUGCUUACAUCCGGGACAAACGCAUCCGGGCGAGCGUGGCAAACCUCUUCAUCCUCAACCUCGCAAUGACUGAUAUCAUAGUAGGAGCGCUGGUCUGGACGAUCAACCUAUCAUGGCUCAUAAAGGACUCCUGGAUACUUGGCGAGAUCUUCUGCAAGCUUUGGUUGGUGUUGGACUACUCGGUGGUUCUCAUAUCCGUCUGGACAAUGGUCCUGAUAAGCUGGGAUCGCUACUGUCUUCUGACAAUGGGCAUGAGGUACCAGACUUUCCAGACCAAGAAGAGAAUUGGUGUCAUACUUGGCUGCGUUUGGGCAGCUACAUUCAUAUGGUACUUCAUCCUUGCUUUUGCAUGGGAUUCUAUCGCAGGAGAAAACAAGAUAGAUUAUACUGACAACUGUGAGAUGGGAUUUGCGCUUAGUUUCUUGGGGACAAUGCUCCAGAACGUGAUCUCAUUCUUUAUACCGUUAUCAGUUCUGAUAUUUUUCAAUCUGGCGGUGUAUGCUAACAUCAAACGUAGAUCGAGGGGUGUCGUAGGGCAGAGUCCUCCGUCAAACAAAUCAAACCAAGCAACACAAUCUACCGUGCUCAGUCAAGAAGGAACUGGCUCAUCGGAAGGUCAAGGAAACCAUCCACUCACGGAUAUGAAAGCCGCCGAGUGCUCAGAGCCAGGCCCAUCAACUGCUAGCUUUCGUACAACUAUCCAACAUAUCCAGCUCCCAGAGUACAAACCAGUCAGUGGUCGAAUCGCAGUUGAGCCGAAUACAGAAGAAAGAAGUUUUGCAAAGCAUCGCAGAGCGGCAAUCGUCCUGAGCAUUCUCGUGGGUUGUUUUUUGAUCUGUUGGUUACCUAGCCAAGUGUCUACUUUCAUGUACGCAAUCUGUGGAACCGGCUGCGUCACCGAUUUAACAUGGGAAGUCACAAGUUCAUUUGUUUGGAGUAACUCGACUAUAAAUCCCUUUAUAUAUGCAGCUACGAAUAAGCUCUUUCGUCGUAAUUUCGUGCACAGUUUAUGCCUUGAUCGAUGGAUCUGUGACUUGAAACGGUGCAAAGUCAAACGCAAACGUUAAUACGUUCAGCAGUAUGACUUUGAAGAAAGAGGUGAAAACACUUCAAGCAAAAUACUGAACAAUUUCCCGAUUAACCAAUUUUCAUUCUUGGUUAAAGUAACUGGUAAGAAGUUAACGUUUCUAAUUAGAUAAAUACAUGCCAACUCCAAUAUUAGUUAAAUAAUUAUUAGAUUUUUAUGCUAGAUGAUACCCGAAAUCUAAUUCCCUUUAUUGACAGAACCUGUAUAAAAGUAUCUUUUUAAGCACUGAAAAUGCUCGAUUUGGUGUUGUUUUGGGGACGGGGUACCUGUUGCAAAGAGGAAUAACUAAAUGAAAAAAAAGAUGUAGGUAAUGGGAAAAAUGCAUUAUUGUAGCUUUAUUUACCCCAUCUGUAUAUGUACAAGUAUGUGUAAUAUACUGUUUAUUUCUCAAUUUUUAGAUUAUCGUUUAUUUGUGAAGUUGAUGUGGGCAAUUUUAGUAAUAGAAUGCAUUCUUGUUGGCCGUUAGCUUUGUUUAAUUUGUACAUCUAUUAGCUGACCACCCCCCCCCCCCCUUCUCUCUUUCUCUCUCACUCUCUUUAUAUUUCUUAAAAUUUAGCUAUAGCUAUGCUAUAAGAUGAUGAUAAAUUACUGUGAUAGAUAUAUUUUGUUAUUUUAUUGUAAUAUUAAACGUAGCCAUCAAUAGCUUGCAUUUCAAAAUUAUUGGUUUUGUAAAUAAUUCGAUUUUGUUAGAAGAACAAUACAAAAUAAUCAGCUUUUACCUCCAACAUGUCCAACGAAAGUUGUAUCAAGGAUUUUUUUUUUUUUGGGGGGGGGUUGCAUAAAUUUUGUUUUAAAUAUACAAUGUUUCUGUCCGUGUUGUUUGAUUUUAUCUGGUCUAUUUAAAUUGCGAAUCGUAUCGCAUAUUGAUAUUUAAAGAUUAAAUGCAAAAAAAUAU